UUAUGCGCCACAAGAUGGCAGCAGUUCUGACGCUGCGUGCUGACGUCACUCUCCGGAGGUGGAGCCGGCGGGCGAGCCUGGGCCUGGAAAGAGAAGGGCCGGCAAGGAGCGAUAUAACAUGGAUCGGCAUAAGCAAGUUCCUAGCGGUGCGGUAACUGGACACGAAUUGAAGUCGGGACGCAAGGAACCCUGUCUGCUCAUCUUAAACCAAUUGCGAGAUGGCCAAUAUGCGCUAGUCAUUCACAAUCAAGGGAAAAAUUCAGUCAGCGAAGAUAUUUUACCUAUCACCAGCAACUUUAAAUUUGUGCAAGAAGCAGAAGAGACACUUCUCAUUGACAUUCCAACUAAUAGUGGAUGCAAGCUCAAAGUCCAGGCAGACCCUUGGUCUAUAGAACGCCGAUUUGAGAUCCCAGAUGAAGAGAAAUGCAUGGAGCUGCUUGCAGAAAUGAGGCAUGUGCAGGAAGGGCGUGUGAGACACUCCCGGUCUGAGAAGAAAGAGUCCUCAAACUGGUACCAGCCUGCAAAUAAAACAGACGAUGUGGCAGGCAUUUCAUCGAAGGAAUCAACCCAUGGUACGUUGGGGUUUGAAGACAAUUUCAGUUCAGUCAAUCUAGAGAAGAGAAGAAACAUUCAAAAUCAGCAGAUGGGAUCUCGCAGAGAGCCUCCUCCUCCUCCCUCACCUGCUCCCAUGGAAAGGCCAGAUGUAUCAGGAUGGGAAAAACCAAGAGUGACCAACAGCAUGAAGAAACUGUUUACACCAAACCCCCAGUCUGGUCAAAGGGAAGGAUUAAUAAAGCACAUCCUUGCAAAGAAAGAAAAUGAAUAUGUAAAUAUAAAGAACUUUAGGUUUUUUGUAGGAACAUGGAAUGUAAAUGGUCAGUCUCCAGAUGGCGGAUUGGAACCUUGGUUACAAGCGGAUUCAGAGCCUCCUGAUGUCUAUGUUAUUGGCUUUCAGGAACUGGACCUCAGCACAGAAGCGUUCUUUUAUUUCGACUCAGGGAAGGAGCAGGAGUGGCUGGAAGCUGUAGAGAGGAGCCUGCACAGUAAAGCCAAGUACAAGAAUGUGCGACUAAUCCGCCUUGUUGGAAUGAUGAUGCUUGUGUUUGCAAAGACCGAGCACUUCAAGCACAUUCGAGAGGUUGUAGCAGAAUCUGUGGGAACAGGCAUCAUGGGGAAAAUGGGUAACAAGGGUGGUGUUGCAGUUAGGUUUGUUUUCCACAACACCUCCUUCUGUUUUGUUAAUUCUCAUCUGGCUGCCCACGUGGAGGACUUUGAAAGGCGAAACCAGGAUUAUAAAGAAAUCUGUGCCCGUCUGAACUUCACUGUCCCAGACCAGAACAUACCUACCCUGAAUAUUAUGAAACAUGAUGUUGUUAUUUGGCUGGGAGACUUAAACUACCGUCUGUGCAAAUUUGAUGCUGCAGAAGCCAAAAGCUUGAUAUCGAAAAAUGACAUUCAGACUCUGUUGAAAUUUGACCAGCUGAAUAUCCAAAGAGAGAUGAAAAACGUCUUCUCUGAUUUCACGGAAGGCACCAUCAGUUUUAUUCCCACAUACAAGUUUGAUCCAAAAACAGAUCGAUGGGAUUCCAGUGGAAAGUGUCGUGUUCCUGCCUGGUGCGAUCGUAUACUGUGGAGAGGGACAAACAUCAUGCAGCUAAAAUACCGCAGCCACAUGGAACUCAAAACCAGUGACCAUAAACCGAUCAGCUCCGUAUUCAGCAUUGGGGUUAAAGUUGUCGACGAUCGUCGCUAUCGAAAGGCAUUUGAAGACAUAGUGCGCAUGAUGGACAGAAUGGAGAAUGAAUUUCUUCCAUCUUUAAAUCUCAGCAGAAGAGAAUUUGUGUUUGAACAUGUUCGGUUCCGACAGCUUCAGAAGGAGAAAUUCCAGAUCAAGAAUGAUGGGCAAGUUACAUGCCACUUCUCCUUUAUUCCUAAACUCAACGACACGCAGUACUGCAAACCAUGGCUGCGAGCCGAACCCUGUGAAGGAUAUUUGGAGCCAGAGGAAACUGUGGACAUAAGCCUGGACGUAUAUGUCAGUAAAGACUCUGUCACCAUGCUUAACUCAGGGGAGGACAGGAUUGAAGAUAUCUUAGUCCUUCACCUUGAUCGAGGCAAGGAUUACUUCUUAACCAUCAGUGGGAGCUACCUAGUCAGCUGUUUCAGUACAUCAUUGGAGGCCCUCUGCCGAAUGAAAAGGCCCAUACGGGAAAUUCCAGUCACCAAACUCAUAGACCUGGGAGAAGACAGCUUCUCAGAGAAGGAGAAAGCAGCUCUGCAGAUGCUUCCAGAUGAAAGUGAUGGGGCAGCUGACAAGCCCAUGAAAAUCCCAAAGGAGAUCUGGCUCUUGGUCGAUCACUUAUAUAAAAACUCUUGCCACCAGGAGGAUCUCUUUCAGACCCCAGGAAAACAAGAGGAGUUGCAGCAGAUUAUUGAAUGUUUAGAUACCAGCAUUCCGGAGACAAUCCCUGGUAGUAACCAUUCUGUUGCAGAAGCGUUACUGAUCUUUUUGGAAGCAUUGCCAGAACCAGUGAUUUGUUACGAGCUGUACCAGAGAUGCGUUGACUGCUCCCAUGAUACCCGACUGUGCCGACAGGUGAUUUCUCAGCUGCCACGUUGUCAUCGAAACGUUUUCCGCUAUUUAAUGGCAUUUCUGAGAGAGCUGCUUAAGUACACUGGAGACAACAACCUAAGUGCCAACAUGAUCGCUACAGUCUUUACUAGCCUCCUGCUACGACCUCCACCAAACUUGAUCGGGAAACAGACACCGAGCGAACGGCAACGGGGGAUCAAUUUCAUUCUGGGAUUCCUUUUGUCAACUGAUGAGGAGCAAGCCAUAUCAGGCGUGCUGUAGAGGAUUAAAACAAGUAGGCACGUGGGCCAGGCUGCUACAGAGCCAAAGGACUAUGACUGGGAACAUUGCAUCUGCUUCUUAUGGCAGGGACAGAAAAAAGAAAAAGCCUAUAGCAGUUGUUUAGUACUGUACCCAUGCGUAUUCCAGUGUAGUGUAUAACAUGAUCUCCAAAGAAUGGACCACACUUCCUAGUUGGUUUAUCUGUACAAGGUGUAGAUCUGUUUCCGUGCUUUCAUACUGUGAAAACACAAGUCACCUUGUAUAUUAGCCAUGAUUGUGAAGCACCAGUCACCUUGUAUAUUAGCCACAAUUGUGAAACACCAGUCACCUUGUACAAUAGCCAUGAACCCACCCCCCUCCUUGUCAUGCUUUUGUCAGUCCCGUCUCGAACAGUGGUGCCAUUGUCACGGCUCUUUCCUUUUUCUUUUUGUUUGAUUUCAUUGUGUAGAUAUAUAUAUAUGAUGUUGGGAAACAUUAACUGCCUGUCAUUCUGCCUCAUAAGAUUCACACGAUUUUAGUUUUGCACUUGGCAGGGAUUAGCAGCCAUGUUCACUCUCCAAGUGACUGUUCAUGGCCUGUGAUCAUUAUUUUGUUUUUAACUGUAUUUAAAUAUUUUCUCAAAAUUUA